GUGACCCCAACAGCGAUCACUGCCACGGGGCCACACCCGUCCCGCGCAGGCGCCACCCUCGCCCCGCCCCCCUUUCGCCUUUUAGCCAAUGAGAGUGCGGCAGGAUGGUCGAACCCGCCCACCCACCUCAUCGGAGCGGGGAGAGCCAAUCAGCGUCGCGCUGACGUCAUGGCUGGCAGAGGGUGUGCUGGGCGAAGGGCGGGGCCUUUUUUGUGGGCGUGGCCCCGUCUGGAGGCGGGGCUUCCGGUGUGUGACGGGGACCCGUGAGGUGGGCGUGGUCUGCACGGUGGGGCGUGGUCUGUGGGGGCGUGUCCGUCUGGAUGGGCGUGGCCUGAAGUGUGGGCGUGGCUAUGGUGCACGUGGGGCGGGGCCUUUCUGUGGGCGGGGCCUCCGCGUUGGGCGUGGCCUCCGGUGUGGGGCCGGCCCCAUGGGGCAGCCUCACCCCACAGAAUGGGCCCCCUAUGGGGCAGCCCCCCGAUGCGCCAAAACCCUCCCUUCACACAACCCCACAGCUUCACCCCGCCGUGGGGCAGGCGCCGUGCUAUGGGGCCAGCGCCGUGGGGCCAUCCUGGGGGGCUACGCCGGGUGGGCCCCAUGUGGGGCUCCCCCCGGCGCUGUGGGGCCGACGGCCAUCACGCUGUCACCUUUGUCACGGAGCUGCGGUCGCCCGUCUCCAUGGGACCGCUGGAGAGCUGGCGGUGGUGACCAGGACACGGAGUGGAGCAGGAUGGAGAGCUGGCGGCAGGAGAAGGUGGAGCAGAUCCUGUCCGAGUUCCGUCUGAAGGAGGAGGACCUGCGGAAGGUGAUGCACCGCAUGCAGAAGGAGAUGGACCGCGGGCUGAAGCUGGAGACGCACGAGGAGGCGUCGGUGAAAAUGCUGCCCACCUACGUGCGCUCCACCCCCGAGGGGUCGGAGGUCGGGGAUUUCCUCUCGCUGGAUCUGGGCGGCACCAACUUCCGCGUGAUGCUGGUGAAGGUGGGUGAGGGCGAGGAGGGGCAGUGGAAGGUGAAGACGAAGCACCAGAUGUACUCCAUCCCCGAGGACGCCAUGACGGGGACGGCCGAGAUGCUCUUCGACUACAUCUCGGAGUGCAUCUCCGACUUCCUGGACAAGCACCAGAUGAAGCACAAAAAGCUGCCCCUGGGCUUCACCUUCUCCUUCCCCGUGCGGCACGAGGACAUCGACAAGGGCAUCCUGCUGAACUGGACCAAGGGCUUCAAGGCCUCGGGAGCAGAGGGGAACAACGUGGUGGGGCUGCUGCGGGACGCCAUAAAACGGCGCGGGGACUUUGAGAUGGACGUGGUGGCCAUGGUGAACGACACCGUCGCCACCAUGAUCUCCUGCUACUACGAGGACCACCGCUGCGAGGUCGGCAUGAUCGUGGGGACGGGCUGCAACGCCUGUUACAUGGAGGAGAUGCACAACGUGGAGCUGGUGGAGGGCGACGAGGGCCGCAUGUGUGUGAACACGGAGUGGGGCGCAUUUGGGGCGUCGGGGGAGCUGGACGAGUUCCUGCUGGAGUACGACCGCGUGGUGGACGAGACCUCGCUUAACCCCGGUCAGCAGCUCUACGAGAAGAUCAUCGGGGGCAAAUACAUGGGGGAGAUCGUGCGGCUGGUGCUGCUGCGGCUGGUGGAUGAGAACCUGCUGUUCAGCGGGCAGGCCUGCGAGAAGCUCAAGACACGCGGGGCCUUCGAGACGCGCUUCGUGUCACAGGUGGAGAGCGACUCAGGAGACCGCAAGCAGAUCUACAACAUCCUCACAGCCUUCGGGCUGCUGCCCUCGGGGUCGGACUGCGACAUCGUGCGCAUGGUGUGCGAGAGCGUGUCCACACGCGCUGCCCAGAUGUGCUCAGCCGGGCUGGCCGGCGUCAUCAACCGCAUGCGGGAGAGCCGCAGCCAGGAGACCCUCAAGAUCACCGUGGGGGUGGACGGCUCUGUCUACAAGCUGCACCCCAGCUUCAAGGACCGUUUCCACGCCACGGUACGACAGCUGACUCCCGGCUGCGACAUCACCUUCAUCCAGUCGGAGGAGGGCAGCGGGCGCGGCGCCGCGCUCAUCUCGGCCGUGGCCUGCAAGAUGGCGUGCAUGAUGGGGCAGUGAGCCGGACUGGGCGGCGGGGACGCGCCGAGGAGCCGGGACUGAUGUGGGAAGGGCUCGGAUGGCGCCGGGACGGUGCCGGGGCUCCCCAAUAAAUGGGGUCGGCGUGGA